AUGGCUACAUCUAAUUCAAGCCGUAUCUUACUUGAUAUUCCAUGUAAAGUUUGCCAAGACCAUUCAUCAGGAAAACAUUACGGUAUAUUUAGUUGUGAUGGUUGUGCAGGUUUUUUCAAACGAUCAGUAAGAAGACAUAGACAAUAUGUAUGUAAAAAUAGAGGUAGAGGUGAGGAAGGUAAAUGUGUUGUUGAUAAAACUCAUAGAAAUCAAUGCCGUGCAUGUCGUUUAAAAAGAUGUCUUGAUAUUGGUAUGAAUAAAGAAGCUGUACAACAUGAACGUGGUCCAAGAAAUUCAACAAUUAGAAGACAAAUGGCACUUUUUACAGGAAUGAAUGAUAUGAAAAAUUCACAAAUUACUGUACCAUCACCAAAUUCAAAAAUGUUACCAUUAGUACAACAAUUAUCAGUACUACCACAUCAAUCACUUAUUAAUAUUCCAAAUCAUUUUCAAGCAUUUAAAGCAUUCGCAAACUUAAUAAAUGGAGUUAAUUUACAAAAUGGUGCUUUAUUAAAAAGUACUUUAAUUCAUGCACUUAACUGGGCACAAUCAUUUCUUCAAUUAUCCCAAGUACCAGUUCAAGAACAGCAUAAAAUAAUAAAUAAAUGCUGGAGCGGGUUAUUUAUUUUAACAGCAUAUGAAGAAAAAGUUAUUAAAAAUUUACUUAGUAUAAAUCAUAAAAAAUUAGAUGAUCCAGAGAAUUAUGUUUUAUGUGGAAGAUUUGAAACAACAAUCAAACAUAUAGAAAAUUUACAAUUAGAUAAUAAUGAAUUGGGAAUAUUAAAAAUGUUAUUAACAUUAAAAGAGAGUAAUUCACCAAUGGAACAAUUUUUAUCAGUAAAUCUUGCCCAUCAUCAACAGGUACUAUAUCAAUUUCAACCAUUACGAUAUAUUCAUACAAUGCUCUUGUUAGAUUCAGUUAAUUGUUUUGAGCCUAUUAUAUCAAGAUUAUUGUCGACUAAUGUCAAUUUGUCAAAUAACCAAAUAUUUAAUGAAAAUAAUGAUAAAGUAUUGCCUUCAACAAAAUGUAAUGAUCCCAAUAAUUUUUCAUCAAUAUCAACUAAUAAUUCUUCAAGUUUUACAAUAUCUGGUCUUAUUAACGAAUUAAUGGCUUCAUCCUCAGCCAGUUCAGAGAAUAAUCUACAUCUAGUAACAGAAUGUAAUACCUCAACAAAUGAUUGUAAUAGUCAACAAUCAGAAAUUGAAACUGAUGGGGAUGAUGGAAAUAAUGAUAAUGAAAUAAAACAUGUUGAAAAUAAAGAAAAAAACAAAGUUAGUAAAGCUACCGUAUCAUUACCAACAACACCAUGUUCUAUAAAUCUAUCAAAUGAUGGAUAA